AUGAAUUCCAGAAACCCAUUCACUCCUAGAAUGGAAAUUGGUUCUUCUUCAAAACAACCAGAAGAUAUUGGGGGAAUAAAUACAUCUUCUUCUUCUCCCCGUCUUCCACACAAACCAAAAUUCACUUUUUCUGAACUUCUGCUCCAAGAAAAGAUGAAUUCUAGAAAUACAUUCACUCCUAGAAUGGAAAUUGGUUCUUCUUCAAGGAGUGUAGAUGCCAAAAUUGGUUCUUCAAGAAGUAUAAUUGCAGAAAUUGGUUCUGAUAGAAGCAAUAUAUCAAUGGAUUUCGCUGCUUCUUUAAAUCAACCAAGACUUGAACAAACCAUUACUGAUCCAGACACCAAAGAUACUUAUCUUCUCAACUUGAAAAUUGGGUCUUUUUCUAAUGGAAAUUGCCCUGUUUACAGAGCUGUGUUUUCGAAAUAUACGUAUGAGGCUGGCAGAGCCCUCCCUUAUGACCAUGUUACUUUGAAGAUCAUUAACAUGAACCUCCAUGAGAAUGAAUUCAACUUGAUUCGAAGUCAAAGUGAUACACGCAUUGCUCUUUUUGAGAAUCCCCACAUAAUUCGAUGCAAGAAAACUUUCAUUACUGCAAAUUUGCUAUGCGUUUGUUUGCCGUAUAUGUCUGAGGGAUCGCUUCGUUAUAUUCUCUCCACUCGUCCCGAAAAGAAAUUGCCAGAACGUCUCAUUCCUGUUGUUCUUAAAGAAGUACUUAUUGGUCUACAAGACGAACUUCAUGUUUUCUACAGACCGACGCCUCAUAAUAGUUUGAAUGCCGGAGAUAUCUUUGUUAACAUCCACUAUUAUACUAAAGCUUUGUCGAUCAAGUUAGCAUUUGAAACAUCUGUUUAUGAUUCCGAACCCCCAGAUUGUAAUGGUGAAGAAGCUAGUUCGUUUUUGAAUCCGAAGAGUAUUUCUAUAUGGGGUGCUGCACCAGAGGUGUUUGAGAGUGAAAAUGAGGAUAACAGAGGAGCAAAAUCUGAUAUCUGGCUAUUGGGAAUAACAGCACUGGAAUUGGUGUAUGGGAAUUUACCUGUGAAGAAUCGAACAGACUUCGAUUAUAUAAUUAACAAGUUAAGGGUGAACAAGAAAUUUCCAAAAUCACUUAAAAAGAUGAUGAUCAAGAGGGAUAAGAAACUCAAGAAAGUGAUGGAUUUUGCUAAACGAAAGAAAAGGGUGUUUUCGCGCGAGUUUGAGGAGAUGGUUCUUGCUUGUCUUAGAGAGAAUCCAGACGACAGGCCAACUGCCAAGGAGCUUUUGAAAACUCCAUUCUUUAGUGAAAUUGAAAGGUUUAAACAAUUUGUGUUGAAUACUAAUAAUUGA